GUCUAUUUCUCCCGCAAAUACAUGUGGAUUAAAACCUUAAGCCCUAACUCACGAAAUUGAUCGAAUCCGACGAUAAUGGCGGAGAGUUCCUCUGCUCCUCCUACUGCCGACAAGCCUGUGAUUGUUAGGGUUAAGCGAAAAGUUUCUCAGUUUGCGCUCGAUGCUUUUUGGCUGGAAAUCCAUGAGAGGCCUGCUAAGCGUCCGUUGAUCGACUUCGGAAAGCUAUCAAUAUCUGAUGCUUCUUCGAGUAAAGUGGAGGAAUUCAAGACGCAAAAAAUCUUGGUACGACAUGUGGAGACAGUUGCUAGCUCCAAGGAUACAUUUGAUGUGCUGCGAUCUUUCGUGCCUAAUUCAUCAGACAAGUUGGAAUCAGAAGAGAAAAUUGAAAAACGAAAACGGAGUUUCAAGACUGUGGAUAAAGAAGGACAGCGAUUGGUCAACGCAAGACAGAGCCAAGAGGUUUUGUCAAGAAAUGCUCGCUUUGAGCAAAUAUGGAGAAGCAGAAAGCUGCAGAAAGACAAUCCUGGUGAUGAUGCUAUAUAUGAUAUGUGCCGACUCUAUGAUGUUGUUAGGAUUGAUGUUGAAGAGCACGCCGUUAAGGAGCACAUUGUUGAGGUGAAAAAGCAGAAGGAAGUAGACAUAGAUGAGUACAAGAUAAUGGGUGACUUCUUGCCUCUCCUGAGAGAAGUUUUGCCAACUGCUGCUGAGGAGAUUGAACACGAUAUCCACGACCUCGUUUCCAAACAAGAUGGGUACGUGUAUGAUGUCUAUACUAUUGAGGAGGAUGUAAAUGAGUUGGAUGCUGAUUAUGCUAGCCAAAUUCCGAAGAUCGAAGUUGAUGAUGAUGAAGACAUCUAUGAUGGCCCAGAUGUUACAGAAUAUGAAAGUGAUGAUUCUAACGAUGAAAACAAUCCCCUGAACGAUUAUCCGGAUGAGGAGGAGGAUGAGGAGGAGGAGGAGGAGGAGGAGGAGGAGGAGAGCAGAUCAUCUGAUGAAGAAUCGGAGGGUGAGAGUACAACUUCUGGAAGCCAGUCUGAUGAUCCAAAAGGGGGAAGUGAAGUAUCGUAUGGUCUGUCUGACAUGGGUUCGGAGGAGUAUGACUGGUUAGACUAUGCUGAUGAAAACUUAGAAGAUGAAGAAUCAUAUUGCUUUUACUUGAUCAACCAUGAUUUGAUGGGGGAGAACUCGUCGAUCCCAUUCGAACACUUCAGGCUCUCCGUCGAUUCCGAAAUUCCAUUUGAUCUAUUCGUCUCCAAGAAAUACAAGGGCCUCGGCCUCCGAGGAUUUGUCAGAUACGCCGAUUCAACCGGAAAUUCGGUCUACACUGUCGAGAAAUCCUCAGCUGCUAGCGAUCGAGAUUGUGUGAAGCAGCUCCUCGAUUCUUCUGGAAAUAUUCUUUUCUCAAUCAGGCGAGUUCACAAAGGAUCAUGGCGUGGAUAUAAGGGAAACGGUGAAGGCAAGAUAGAGAUAUUCACUGUAGAGAAGCAUGUGGAUGAGUCCAGUAGAAAUGAGUUCAGAGUGUUACUAGUUAAUGACAGCAACAAUGAAGAUUCAAAGACCGAGUUGUUGAUGAAAGGCAACCCUUUCCGGAGAUCCUGCACCAUCUACAAAGGUGACUCCAUUGUCGCUCAGACUAGCCUCAUGUACAAGCUUGGAAUGGGGAAGGUUUUCGUCCCCAGAAACCGGUUUCGUGUAACAGUCUUUCCAGGAUUUGCUGACCGUAGUUUAGUUGCUUGUCUCAUUGCUGUAUACUUCGAUGGAAGAAAGCUUUGGAUAUGAGGUGGUAUUGUGGUUUCUACUUCUCAUUGGCUUGAUACUCAACCUAUUAAAUUUUCUGAAAUGUUCAUUUGAAACAAAAGAUGAUAUGAUCAUAUGAGAUGACAGCAUUGUACAAUGUUGGACUUUCUCUUGGUUAAGAUGACUCUUACUUGUGAAUUCA